AUGGGAACCAACGACGGAAAUUCAGGCGACACCACCUCCGAAAAUAGCACCUGCACCGACGAUAGCGCUGAUAUUAGUAGUUUCGCCGCCCGAGUCCAAGUGCCACUACUGAAUGGUUUCUCGCUACAGAGCAUCGAGUCAUGGUUCACCCGCUUGGAAGCGUUUUUCUCCAUAAACAAUUUCGGCAAAAUGAACCAGAACCAACGGGACAACGCUAAGUUUAAUAUCGCAGUAAUGUACAUGGAUGAGCGCCUGCACGAACAAACCCUCGAUAUCGUACGAAAUCCUCCAGUAAAGGAUAAGUACGCCACCCUUCGCACCGCAGUUUUAAGCAAAUUUUCGAUCUCGCCAAUCGCACGCCUGGAGCAACUCACUUCGGGGAUUCAGCUUGGUGACAACAAACCUAGUCACAUGUUGUCCCAGUUACAAAGAACCGGAGUCACUACGGACAAGAAACUCAUAAAAGAUUUUUGGCUGCAAAAGCUACCUGUCUCAGCGCGCGCCGUAAUCACUGGAAUCGACAAAGGUAACCCUGAGAUGACACUGGAACAACUGGCGUCAAUAGCUGGUGAAAUCAUCGACGUUGUCCGGGUCAAUUCAGUAGAGGCUGUUAGCGCCGGCUCCUCUACACGGCCCCUCCAACAAAGCUCGGCACACGCGGAUUCCAAUGCUUCCAUUGAAAGCAGAAUCGAGCGUAUUGAACGAGCACUCGCACGCAUUGAGAAAAAGAGCAAUAAAAGCCAUCAACGAGCACGGUCUCCAAGUCGCCAAAACAGCCCUCUACGUUCCUCUGCGAACUCGCAACAAAUGUGUUGGUAUCACAAGAUAUUCGGAACCAAGGCGCAAAAAUGCAAUUAUCCUUGCAACUUUAAGGAACAAAAAAACUAA